AUGGCGGUGGCCGGAAGCCAGUCGCCAGAUCUCACCGGCGAGACGAAGAGCGCAAGGACGACGGCAUCACGGGAGACAGGAGCGCUCGGUCGCUCGGGGAGUCCAGGGAGAAAUUGGGAUUCCUUUGAGAGGGAUGAGAAGCCAGAAAGGGAGAGGGACAUUGAACUGCAGCAGAUUCUUGCAGACAUGGCAGUACUCGUUGAUGCACAAGGAGAGAUUCUAGACAGCUUAGAGAAUCAGGUUCAAAAUGCUGUGAACCAUGUGGUAACUGGUACUGAAGCGCUCCGCGAAGCAAAGAGCUAUCGGAAGAAGUCGAGAAAGUGCAUGAUGAUUGCGAUUAUCAUUCUGCUGGUAAUUGCCAUCAUAGUUGUGCUUUCGAUUCUAAAGCCAUGGGCUAAAUCUAAGUAA